AUGAGCGGUGGCCUAGUGGUUGCCUUCUUCAUAUUCGAUGCCACGACAUACCGAGAGGACCCCGAAACCGUUGACUUGUCAGUAUCGGAGCUGGCAUUGAACCCACGAAAAGGAGGCCCAAAGAACCUGCCGAUCGCAGAGUACUUCGUCGACGAUGAGGAAGAUGAGGGCAUGCGAGAGGCGAAACACAAGCCAAAGCUGGUCAUCCUGGGGACGGGAUGGGGUAGCGUUGCGCUGCUCAAGGCAUUGAUACCUGGGGAAUACCACGUCACGGUUGUGUCGCCCUCAAACCAUUUCUUGUUCACGCCAAUGCUACCUUCUGCGACUGUGGGCACUUUGGAGUUUCGAUCUUUGGUAGAACCUAUCCGCAAAAUCAUUCGACGAGUCAAGGGACACUUUUUGAAAGCGUCUGCUAUGGACGUGGACUUCAGCAACAAGCUUGUCGAAGUUGAGUCGCAAGACGCCACAGGUGCAAAACAAAGAUUCUACGUCCCGUAUGACAAGUUGAUCAUUGGCGUGGGAUCAACUACCAACCCGCACGGCGUGAAGGGUCUCGAGCACUGCCAUUUCCUCAAGGAUAUCACCGAUGCCCGCAGAAUUCGAAAUGCUGUCAUUCGAAACCUUGAAGUCGCUUCCUUGCCCACCACACCGGAUGAGGAGCGAAGGCGACUUCUUUCUUUCGUCGUUUCUGGGGGUGGCCCAACUGGUGUCGAAUUCGCCGCAGAGCUUUACGAUAUGCUGAACGAAGAUCUGACCAAGUUCUAUCCAAGGCUGCUGCGAAACGAGAUCUCAGUGCAUGUCAUCCAGUCUAGAGGACACAUUCUCAACACGUACGAUGAAGCUCUCAGCAAGUAUGCGGAGGACCGACUAGCUCACGACAAUGUGGACGUCCAGACGAACGCACGUGUGAAGGAGGUCAAAACCGACAGUAUUUUAUAUACCCAGAAGGACAGCGAAGGCCAUACUGUGACGAAAGAGCUUCCUAUGGGGUUCUGUCUCUGGUCGACUGGCGUUUCGCAAACCGAGUUCUCUCAAAACCUGGCGAAGAAGUUUGAGAAUCAGAACAAUCGCCAUGCGUUGGAGACUGACACCCACCUUCGUCUGGCAGGAGCACCCCUAGGAGACGUCUAUGCCAUCGGCGAUUGCAGUACUGUCCAAAAUAAUGUAUCCGAUCACAUCAUCACUUUCCUGCGAACGCUCGCAUGGGAGAAGGGUAAGGACCCAGAGACGAUGAAGAUCACCUAUCCUCAGUGGUGCGAAGUUGCAAAGCGUGUGAAGACUCGAUUCCCGCAAGCGAACGACCAUCUUCGACGACUUGGCAAGCUCUUCGAGCAGUACGACAAGGAUAAGAGCGGCAGUCUUGAUUUCGGCGAACUUAGCGAGCUGCUCAAGCAAAUCGACAGCAAGCUCACUUCCCUCCCAGCGACAGCUCAGCGCGCCAAUCAGCAGGGAGUGUACCUUGGACGCAAACUGAACAAGCUUGCACAGGCUGAAAUGGGCAUGAAGCUGAACGAUAUUCUCGAUGGCGAUGUCGAUGAAGCGGUUUACAAGGCGUUCGAGUACAAGCACAUGGGCAGUUUGGCGUACAUUGGCAACGCUGCGAUCUUCGACUUCAACGGUCUGGGAUGGGGAGGCGGUCUUCUCGCAGUAUACCUGUGGCGAUCCAUCUACUUCGCCCAGAGCGUCAGUCUUCGAACACGUAUGCUAUUGGCGAUGGACUGGAGUAAGCGGGCACUUUUUGGCAGAGAUAUGAUGAACUACUAA